CUUUUUGAACGCCCAAAAUUGAAAGUCACUCCCGCCGAAGACAGAGAGAGCACAAUUCGCCUUUUUCAUUUUAAAUCGCUGACGGGUGAAUUUUUUCUUCUUGUCUUUUAGUGUCGUAAUCAACCGUCAUUUCUUUGGAUUUUACUCAUGGACAACUGGCAUCGAGGAGGUCGUGGACGUGGCAACCGAGGCAAUCAACGUGGUGGUCGUGGACGAGGCCAUUAUCACGAUAAUCGGUUUGCCCAAGACGAUUUUUACGAUAAUGACAACUAUAAUACUCGAGGAGCCGACCUUCCCAUUACUGCACGACUGGGUCCUAAACAUAAUGCGCCUCCAUCCGACGCCAUGUUCAAUAAUUCUAGCCCUCGAGGCCGCGAUGGAGGAAAUGGCUUGCAAAUUCGCGGUAUCAGUGGCGGCCGAGGUCAAUGGUCCAACGACAAUGCCCCUAAUGCGAAUCGAGGAGGAGGAGGCGGUCGCGGCAGAAAUCAAACUUUUGGUUCCAGAGGACGAGGUCGUGGAGGUCGUUCGAAUUGGACUCGCAAUUUUGCAGAUGAAGAUAUUGACAUGCAAACAGAUACAAUUGCCCCUGGACAAGCUGCUAUUGCUGUGUCUGGCUACCCUCCGGGAUCAGAAGAAAAAGUACUGGGAUUUAUGAAUAGAAAAGCCAAAGUUACCUGGGAACCACUUCACGUUCAAAACGAACAGGGUAAAAUGAUCAUCACAGUAGCUGAUCAAAAUGUGGCAGACAAUUUAUGUCGUAUGAACGGGUACAAUUUCGGUGCUUCUCAACUUACAAUUGAGAACAUCAGUGGGAACGGACCUUGUGUUGCUGGUGGACCACCAAGAACGGAAGUUACACAUCGAUCAAAUGCACUUGCAGAAUUUUUACAAGAGCGCUGGGAUCCACAGCUUGGUUAUCUUAAUUUGGACGAUUUACCCCCUACUUCACGCAGUAUUACUGUCGUAGCCUCGCGAUUACUCAUGGAAGCACAGCGAUUAUUUGGCCAAGAGCUCAUCACAUUGUCUUUUGCAAGAAACAAGAUCUGGUCUCUCGUGCCGGUCGCUAAAAUAGCGGAACUGUUUCCGGGCAUACGCAAUUUAUCGUUUGAAGAUAAUGACAUUGCCGAGUUCCGUAGUUUGGAUUCUUUAGGCCACAAUAAACUACCGCAACUGACAGAACUGAUUUUGCGCGGCAAUCCACUAGCUAACAACAACAACGGUCAGCGAUAUAAAAGUGAGAUCAAACGACGUUUCCCAUCCGUCACGAUGCUUGAUCAAUUGCCUAUUGACGAAAUGGAUACACCCACCCCUUUUGCCAAUUCCUUGACACCGUCAUCCUACCCCAACUCUCCAGCUCCCUCACCUACUCCCGUUGGACUGAACAAUCCUAUGCUUCCUCCGGUGAAAUCGGCCUUCUUUGAUCAAAAUGCUUCGCAACAAGCAGCACAGGACUUAUUAUCAAGGUUUUUCCCUCUUUACGAUACGAAUCGAGCAGGAUUAAUGGAUCUGUAUGAUCCCCAAUCGGUUUUCUCCUUGGUGGCAAGUCGUAUGUCUAUGGCACAAAAUACGUGGGGACAAGGUCAACGGAUUUCUCUCGGCAAUGAGGCUAUUAUGAAGCGAUUUGCGUCUUUGCCACCUACAAUUCAUGACUUGUCUCGUGCCGAUAAUUUCAUGACGGAUGCAUGGCAAACCGCCGGAUCACAGACGCAUCCGGUCUUGUUAUUCCUGACGGUACAUGGUGAUUUCACAGAAGUGAGCACCAGUCAGCGUUAUUCGUUUGAUCGCGUAUUCUUGGUUGCACCCUCUCAGUCUGGAUCAAGAGCUCAAAUGACAGGAUGGCAAUACACUAUCUUGUCCGAUUCCAUGACCGUGCGCAAUUAUUCCGGCAAUACAGCAUUUCAACCCAGUGCAUAAACUAUAUCAAUCAUACGAUAACAGCCAUCAUUAACAGAAAACCUUAAAAUCAAUGUGAAAUAACAAUAAACAUCAUUCUGGCUUUGGAAGCAUUUCAUCCGCC